UAGGGGUACGUCGGCUCGUGUAGUGCUUAGUUUUUGUGACAGUUCUUCGCUACUCUGUUUAACUUCCUGAAUUAGAACAGGUUUUGUGCAGCAGCCUUCUCUACUCCAGAUGAAGCGGGAAGCAUAUAACCCUUCACUUUCACGUGACAGAGCGUAGGCAUGGCGGAGGGGACGCCAGUAAGAACACAGCUGAAGCGCGUUAAGACAAAACCACUACUAGAUACGGGAAGAGAGCGUCACCAACUCACGGAUACUGCAAACUUCAGUGAAGGCUUUAACAAAAAGCUUCAGAAAGUUUGUUGGUGAAGAUUUUUGUCGAAGUCCCUCAUGCGUAUCUUACACUGGAACAGUGAAAAACGAUUAAUUACAUCUGCUCCCUGUUUAUUUGUCGCAUGUCACUGGUGUUGACAUUCUUAGUCGGAAAUUUAAAUCAUGUGAGUAUUAUGUGUUCUCUGAUAUGGCGAAUAUGGAGUAAUGUUUAAAAUCCAUUUCUUUACUCCGUGGGAUCUUUUAUUAAUUAAAUCGGUGCAAAUAGUGGCAUAAGGCAACAGGCAUGGGGGCAAAACAGAGUAGUCCUUCUGCUAACGGACGAACGAGAGCUUAUUCUGGGUCAUCUUUACCGUCAAGCACAUCGACUAGUAACGGAAAUGGAAGGAGUGCGUCUCUAGCAAUGAGAUAUAAUCAUGGUAACGGUGCGUCGGCUCACGGGGCCUCAGGUGCUGCCCAGUCCUCCGCACAUUACACUGGGCCCCGGACGCGUUCCGUAGGGGGAAGCGGUACUGGCUCGGGAACCAGACCACAGUCUGGCAUCAGCAUCCCUAACACCGGAGUCCACAGUUCACAAGAAUCUGGUAGCAGCACGCCGGAGGAAAACGCGGCGGAGACUGGUCGGUCAGCAGGCGGUCACGGGGCUCCGAGACUCUUGAUUGGGUCAUUACCAUCGCACCUGUCACCCCAUCUCUUCAGAGGUUUUAAUUGCCCUGUCUGCUCCAAGUUUAUCUCUUCCGACGAGAUGGACCUCCACCUUGUCAUGUGUUUGACAAAGCCCAGAGUAACAUAUAAUGAGGAUGUGCUGUCGAAGGAGGCUGGAGAAUGUGCAAUAUGUCUAGAGGAUCUGCUUCAGGGAGACACCAUUGCUCGCCUCCCCUGCCUGUGCAUAUACCACAAAGGCUGCAUUGAUGAAUGGUUUGAAGUGAACAGAUGGUGUCCAGAACAUCCUUCAGAUUAAAGCAACCUCUUCGGUCUUGCACAGGGUUUUCAACAUCCAUGUGAAGAGCAGUGAUGUAGCCUAGUAGCAGACAACAAUGUGAAGUCUCCUUCCUGUUAUCUGCCCUUAUGACUGCUGGACACCAUUUGUAGUCACUAUGGGUCUAUAGCACCUAUCACACCAGCCACCAUAUGAGCUCCAGUGUGCCAAAACUCAAUGAAGCAACCUUCAGGGAAACUCGCCUCUGUGCCAUUGCAUCCUCCUAUAGUCUUUUCUCAAAAUCAAAUAUGAUCAUUGGAUUUAUUUUGUUUGAUUCAACAUGGAUAUUCUGCUUGAUCCACUUAUUGAACCCUCUCUUUGAACAUGCUACUGAACUGGGCUAUCCAGUCACUGGACCUGCUUUCUUCUGCUUUUGCUGGGCACCGACCAACUGUCAGGACGCACAAGGCCUCAUAGGAAAACAAAACACCCACACUAAGAGGCGGAAGAGGUCCCUUAUAUGACUUUGUCCACUAGUGCCUUCAUCUUCAGAUCUCAAAAGCCUAUCAUGGCAGAGAGACUGAAGUUGUGAAAGGUGGUGAAGGCAUUGGGAAGGUGGAGCCUUUGUGAGCCUCUCCCAUCCCACACCAGUGUAUGUAAGGGAGCGGGCACCCUCUGGCCUCACAGCCAUAUUGAGAUUAGAAGUGCCCUGCCUGUCAUUCACAGCCAAGACAGCAGUGGCAAACUCAUAGCAAUAUCUGUCAGAGAGGCUCUGCUUGAGUCUGGUGAAUGUCAUGCAGUUUUGCACUUGAGUCUCUACAUCCAUGACAGUACUAACAUACUGGUGAUGAAUAUAAAUACUUAAAAACAAUAAAGCUACCUAGUGCAAAAGUGACAUGUUUGUAAACAACCAGAAUGAUUUUAUGCCUAAAUUUAUCAUACAGGAUUCUAAAGCUAAUCAACACAUCAGGGAGAAUGCUAACCCAGUGGUAACCCUAACCAACCAGGGAGCAUGCUGGCCCAAUGCUAACAAUAACUCUCAAUAUACGAUGAUGAACCUGGUUCCUGUUAUUGGUGUUAUUUAAGAUAAUGUACCACAUGCCCUGUGCCACAUUACAUAUUAACAUAAAUAAUGAGCUGCUUUCUGAAAAUGUCUGUCUUCUAGUGGCCCUUUGAUCAAUAAAUCAGACAUAGACAAGUCUAAGUCUAAUCUGUCAUUGAACAGCGAGGCAGGUAUAUUUGUGCCUCAGUAGUUAGAUAGCACAUGCUCAAGCUGGUACAUGGAAUAUUUACUGACUUGACCUUUGCUUAGCUGCAUGGCCUAGUCUUAUGGAUUCAGUAUUUCCCAGGUAAAAAUAAUGGUCAAUAGGGUCUAUGUGUUGGAGGGCUAUAAUGUAUCAUGGUGACCCUUAACAUUAAAGUUAACUUCUCUUCUGCACUGAGAUGCUACAUCCACUGCAUUACUGCAUCUUGGCUUACACAAAAUUCCAUGCACUCAUUUUUAUUCAAAACAUGGAUAGGCUUUUUUCAGUCACCAGUUUUUGAAAAGAAUGCAAGC